AUGGCAGAUUACAGCGAGGGGAGUUAUGUAAAUAUAGUUAUGCUCAAUCCUCUAUUUGCAUAUAAUAAUAAACGAGUUGGUGUUUGGAGACAGUGGGCUGAAAAUGUGAGCUUUGCAAGUCUCCCGAGGAAGAUUGCAACGGGCGCGCCACACCAUGGAAACAAGCCUGAUUUUAGCAUCCUCUUAGACUUUGUUGUGGCUAACGCCUAUCGAGAACUGUUGGAAACUCCCAUAAUUAUGCUGCAAGUUGCAAAGAAUACACGAAAGAAAUGGCUUAGACAGUUUCAAUAUUCCUCUGGAGAAAUGUGGAGACCAGACUGUUCGGGAUUUUGUGAACAGAGUUCUGGUGAUCAAGACUAUGUUGAAGCUGUAGCUCACAAAGUCCGUAAGGUGUGGAAGGAUCUUGAGGAGCCCCGCAAGAAACAGGACAUUGCAAAAAAAAUUUGA